AUGUGCCAAAUACCCUUCACAACCCUUCUUGAGCAACUUCUUGGCUGUGAUAGCAGAAAUAAGACAAGUAGGGAGAACUCUACGCUCCCCACGGAAGGAAUUAAAUCCGCUUCCAACCAUGCAUCAUCUACUUGGACAAAACAAUUUCUGAAUACCCGAUCUGCAAACAAGACUUCUCCCGGUUGUUUGAGCGAGAUCGGAGUGCCCGUAACAAAAGAACUCGGGUUCCACCAGCUCGAUAUACGUGGAAGCCCGUAUGGUUUGCUAGCGGCACACCCGCUGGCCCCACUAGUGUCACUCCACCAUUUUGACUAUUUCGAGUCAAUAUUUCCAAACCUAACUCAGAUUGACUCGGUGGAAAAGUUGGUCAGCGGGUAUGAAGUGGAUCCAAGUCGGAUCCUGCAGCAAAGUUUUUGUUAUGACUUGAAUCGUAAUUGGUCUGUUUCGGUGUCUUGGGGUUACACUGUGCAGUUUUAUCCGUUUCUGGUGACUGCUAAGAAGUUAGAAACGGCGGUAGGGACGUUUCAGACGUGGAGGAGUUGGGACACUGGUCCGUUCACAUUUAAUACUCAACCCAUCAGUUCAGACAUGUGUGAGAGACCCGUUGUUUUUAUGUUGGAUCGGGUUGAGAGUGUUGGUGGGGGUAAGACCUUGACUGGUUACAAGAGGUACAAUAUGGGAAAAGAGGAAAAAGAUUGUCCUAGAUGUAACUACACUGCUGUGGCAGUUCAAUUUUUCAACGUCUCAGCUCCCAAAUUCAACCCUGACUUGUGGAAUAAGGCACCACGUAGACAAUGCUGCGAGAUCAUCAAUGGCACAGAUGGAGCUGACAACGUUGUACAUGUCCAAAUUAGAGGUUGCAAGCGCUUUGAGAGUGUCUCUCCUCAUUAGAAAAACAGAGCA